UCAACGUUCUCCUUCCUUUCUCUCAGCUAUCCGCCAUAAUGAGCAUGCUCAGGCUGCAGAAGCGCUUGGCGUCCAGCGUCUUGCGCUGUGGCAAGAAGAAGGUCUGGCUGGACCCCAAUGAAACCAACGAGAUCGCCAACGCCAAUUCCCGCCAGCAGAUUCGUAAACUGGUGAAAGAUGGUCUGAUCAUAAAGAAGCCCGUCACCGUUCACUCACGUGCCCGCUGCCGCAAGAACACAUUGGCGCGUCGUAAGGGGCGCCACAUGGGUAUCGGUAAGAGGAAGGGUACAGCUAACGCCCGUAUGCCAGAGAAACUUUGCUGGAUGCGUCGCAUGAGAAUCCUUCGCCGUCUUCUGCGUCGCUACAGGGAGUCCAAGAAGAUUGACAGGCACAUGUACCACAGCCUGUACCUCAGAGCUAAGGGUAAUGUGUUCAAGAACAAGCGUAUCCUCAUGGAGCACAUCCACAAACUGAAGGCCGACAAAGCUCGCAAGAAGCUGCUGUCUGACCAGGCCGAGGCUCGCCGUUCUAAAACCAGGGAGGCCCGUAAACGCCGUGAGGAGCGUCUGCAGGCAAAGAAAGAGGAGAUCAUCAAGACCCUGUCAAAGGAGGAGGAGACCAAAAAAUGAGCAUUCAUGUCAAACAUGUUUCAGUUGUAAUAAACCUCCACAAAACUCAAA